AUGGGGGGUUGGGGCGUCAGGGGGGUCGGGCGUCAGGGGGGUCGGGGCGUCAGGGGGGUCGGGCGUCAGGGGGUCAGGGGGGUCGGGGCGUCAGGGGGGUCGGGCGUCAGGGGGUCAGGGGGUCAGGGGAGUCGGGGCGUCAGGGGGGUCGGGCGUCAGGGGGUCAGGGGGGUCGGGGCGUCAGGGGGGUCGGGCGUCAGGGGGUCAGGGGGGUCGGGCGUCAGGGGGGGUCGGGCGUCAGGGGGUCAGGGGGUCGGGGCGUCAGGGGGGUCGGGCGUCAGGGGGUCAGGAGGGUCGGCGCGUCAGGGGGGUCAGGGGGGUCGGGGCGUCAGGGGGGUCGGGGCGUCAGGGGGGUCGGGCGUCAGGGGCGUCAGGGGGGUCGGGGCGUCAGGGGGGUCGGGGCGUCAGGGGGGUCGGGGCGUCAGGGGGGUCGGGCGUCAGGGGGUCAGGGGGGUCGGGGCGUCAGGGGGGUCGGGGCGUCAGGGGGGUCGGGGCGUCAGGGGGGUCGGGGCGUCAGGGGGGUCAGGGUACUCACAGUUCUAG